AAAGAGUGAGUGAAUGACUGUUGUCUUUCAUUGAUUGCUUUCGCUCUCAAACUCUUAUAUUUGUCUAAAUCUAAACCAACUUUCAAUUGUCAUAACGUAAUGCCUCCCCAACCGAGUGGUAAAGCCGUCAAAAAGGCCGGAAAAGCACAGAAGGCUGUCCGCGCCGGAGACAAGAAGAAACACCGAAAGAAGAGGAAGGAAUCCUUCUCGAUCUACAUCUAUAAGGUCCUCAAACAAGUACAUCCCGACACCGGUAUCUCAUCUAAGGCUAUGUCAAUCAUGAACUCGUUUGUGAACGACAUCUUUGAGCGCAUUGCCGCUGAGGCCUCUCGUUUGGCUCAUUAUAACAAGAGAUCGACAAUCACUUCCCGGGAGAUUCAAACUGCUGUCCGACUCCUUUUGCCCGGAGAGUUGGCCAAACACGCCGUCUCUGAGGGAACCAAAGCUGUGACAAAAUACACGUCAAGCAAAUAAACGGUAGUCGAAACCGAUGUCGACAUUCAACAAACGGCCCUUUUUAGGGCCAAUCAGUUCAAUGAUUUAUUAGGAGUUGUUUUAAUCGC